AUGGGCAAAAUCCGGGGGUGGCUCCGGCUGUCGCUAAAAGCUGCGGCUCCUCCAGCGAAAUUAGAAGUAAAAAUGGCGGGUGGCGGUGCGAUUAGUUACAGUGAGGAGUUCAUCAGCCCGGUGGCGGCGGCGCGGCUGUUCAGGGCGAUGAUCGUGGAGGCGGACCACCUGAUUCCUCAGCUGCUCCCUCAGGCCGUCAAAAGCAUCGAGCUCUUGCAAGGCCACGGCGGCCCUGGCACCAUCAAGAAGAUCACCCUCGCCCAAGGCAGCGAGACAAAAAUUGUGAUCCACAGAGUGGACGAAGUGGAUGAAGAGAAGUUGAAGUAUGGGUACAGUGUGAUCGAGGGAGUGGGUCUAGGAGACAAGGUUGAGUCCAUCUGUUACGAGGUGAAGUUCGAGGGAAGCACCAAUGGGGGAACCAAAGGCACCACCAUCGCCCGUUACCUGCCGAAGCCUGGAGCAGAGGUUACAGAGGAAGAGAUCAGGGCCGAGGAGGCCAAGGCCAAGGCCAUUUUCAAGGUCAUUGAAGCCUAUCUCAUCCACACAAACCCACAUUAA